CCUAACUCUUCCCCGGAUUCUGGAUUCCCAGAUCCCCCAAGUCCACGAACCUGAGUGCGGGCUGUGAGCUCCCCCGGGGACCGCGCGUUACUUUGCAGACGCGCCGGACUCCCGACCCCCAGGGCCUGUGGCUCCCGGGGAGGUCCGGGGUUGUGCCCACUCAGCCAUGCCUGAGGGAGCCCGGGGACUCAGCCUGUCCAAACCCAGCCUUAGGCUCGGGUGUGGCCACCAAGGUGAAGUUUGCGACUGCGCGGCUGUGAGUGGUACUCCGACAGCAGCCCCUGCAGGCCCCACCAUGACUUCCCUGAGGGGUUCUGGCAGCUCCACCUCCUUGAGUACCGUGGGCUCUGAGGGGGACCCAUCUCCAGCCUGCUCAGCCUCCGGGCCAGAACCCCUGCCCGAGCCCCCCAUACGCCUGCACCUGUCACCUGUGGGAAUCCAGGGGUCAGUGAAACCCUCAAGGCUGGAGCGAGUGGCCAGGGAGAUCGUGGAGACAGAGCGGGCCUACGUCCAUGACCUUCGCAGCAUCGUGGAGGACUACCUGGGCCCUCUGACGGAUGGCAGGGCCCUGGGCCUGAACAUGGAGCAAGUGGCCACGCUAUUUGCCAACAUUGAGGACAUCUAUGAGUUUAGCAGUGAGCUCCUGGAGGACUUGGAGGGCUGCAGCACUGCAGGGGCCAUCGCGGAGUGCUUCCUGCAAAGAAGCGAGGAUUUUGACAUCUACACUUUGUACUGCAUGAACUACCCGAGCUCCCUGACUGUGCUCCGAGAGCUGUCCCCGCCAGCCACUCUGUGGCUGCAGGAGCGUCAGGCCCAGCUCCGUCACUCCCUGCCUCUUCAGAGUUUCUUGUUGAAGCCUGUUCAGCGCAUCCUGAAGUACCAUCUCCUGCUGCAGGAACUGGGCAAGCACUGGGCAGAGGGCCCAGACACUGGCGGGCGAGAAGUGGUGGAGGAAGCUAUUGUGUCCAUGACCGCAGUGGCCUGGUACAUCAAUGACAUGAAACGCAAGCAAGAGCAUGCAGCGCGCCUGCAGGAAGUGCAGCGGCGGCUGGGUGGCUGGACUGGCCCGGAGCUCAGUGCCUUUGGAGAGCUGGUGCUGGAAGGCACCUUCCGCGGGGGCGGCGGGGGAGGCCCCCGGCUGCGUGGGGGCGAGCGCCUGCUCUUCCUGUUCUCCCGGAUGCUGCUUGUCGCCAAGCGCCGGGGCCCUGAAUAUACCUACAAGGGCCAUAUAUUUUGUUGUAACUUGAGUGUGAGCGAGAUGCCUCGAGACCCCUUAGGAUUCAAGGUGUCAGAUCUGACCAUCCCCAAGCACAGGCACCUGCUCCAGGCCAAAAACCAAGAAGAGAAACAGCUGUGGAUUCACUGUCUCCAGCGCCUCUUCUUUGAGAACCAUCCAGCUACCAUCCCUGCCAAGGCAAAGCAAGUCCUUCUGGAAAACAGCCUGCACUGUACUCCAAAAAGCAAACCUAUCCCAGAACCCCCAACAUCCCCACUGGAUUCUCCCCGACCGCGAGAUGCUCGAAGUUUCACCCCUGGCAGGAGGAACCCAGCUCCGUCUCCAAGACUUUCUGGCAGUCGCCGUGGCCGCAGGCAGUCUGAGCCCGUAAAGGAAACUUACGUCGUUUUCCCCCAGAACGAGAAGCCUCAAGUCAAGCAUGCCGGCAGUGAAGGAGAGCUCUGUGCCCCGUCCAGCUUGCAGCCACCAGCGCCUGCUUCCGUCCCGCCUGAAGACCUGGAGGAUGCCGGGCCUCCCACACUGGACCGGUCAGGGACUUCCAUCACUGAGGAGAUUCUAGAACUGCUGAACCAGAGAGGCCUCAGGGACUCAGGGCCAGCCACCCACGACAUCCCCAAGCUCCCCAGAGACUCCAGGGGGCCCGUGGAAGAUGAACCCCUCCCGCUGUUCGGAACCCUGCCCAGCCGAGAGUCUUCUGAGGAGGAGGAGGAGGAAGAGCUGGAGAUGGAUGAACGAGAGCCUUCUCCGCUCCACGUCUUAGAGGGGCUGGAAGGUCCCAGCACAGCUGAAAUGCUUCACAUGCCCAGCCUUCCAGAGAUCCCAGAGGCUCCCUGCCUUCCCAGUCUCGCUGACAUUCCUGGCGUUUUUGAGAUACCCUGCCUUUCACCCAUGUCCAGUGUGUCUGACAUUCCCAGCUUGGCCAGCACGCACUCCUUCCCCCUUGGCUCCUGGCUCCCUGGACCCCUGCCGGAGCCAGCUCAACCUCUAGCCACCAGGAGGGAAAUGUUGGCUGGGAGCGAUCCAGGAAGACUGAGCGAGCCACCCUCAGAAGGCAGGGAUGGGAAGGAGGAAGAUGGCACAGAAGGCGUGCCGUUCCCAGCUGUGCAGACCCAGGGUGGCACCUCCCUUGUCCAAGGAUUCCCAGAAGAGCUGGAAUACCGUUCUUGUUCAGAGAUCCGGAGCGCCUGGCAGGCGUUGGAGCAGGGGCAGCUGGCCCGGCCCGGCUUCCCGGAACCUCUGCUGAUCCUGGAGGACUCUGAUCUUAGUGGAGGCAGCACCAGCGAGAAGGUGGCAGUGCCACAUUCGGAGCGGUCAGCGUCCCGGGUGCGAGAGCUGGCUCGGCUCUACAGCGAGCGGAUCCAGCAGAUGCAGCGAGCUGAGACGAGGGCAUCCACCAACGCGCCCCGCCGCCGACCUCGAGUCCUGGCCCAACCCCAGCCAUCCCCCUGCCCACCCCAGGAGGAGGCCGAACCAGGGCCCCUGCCUGCAUUUGGACAUGUGCUUGUAUGUGAGCUGGCCUUCCCACUGAACUGUGCCCAGGAGUCCGUCCCUCUGGGCCCUGCUGCUCUGGUUCAAGGUGCCACACCUUUGUCUAAGCAAGGAGACGACCUGAACGGCCAGAGUCUAAGUGUUUUAGAUUUGCCCAAGCAAGACCAUCUGGGUAGCUGCUGUCCACCUCCUGUUCCUUUGCCUGAACAAACUGACUUCCAGAGCAGCCAGAUUCCAUCUCUUCUGUCCAAGCAAGAUCCUCCAGACCUCCAGGUCCCAGCCACCUCAACGUCACCUGAUCAGAGUCGGCUCCAAAGCCAGUGUCCACUUGCUACUCCUUCAACCGAGCAUAGAAACGACACAAAAAUCCAGGUUCAGUCCAGCACCAACUGCCUCCCUGGGCAAGAGCGUCACACAGACCUCCAAAUGCCCAACACUGUGCCGUUGCCCAGCGAGGAAGCAAGUGCUGGUGUUACGAUCUUAGCCACCGCCCCUUUGCCCAAGCAAGGAGGUUGUGAGACCAGCCAGAGCCCAAACAGUGCCCCGGGAAGCGAGCAAAAAGAUGUCAGUGUUGACCAGGGCCUGGCUGCUGCUCCUGGUGGCGGCCGAGCCCUCAGCCCCUUAGCAGUGUACCCAAGCAGCCCUGACCAUGAGGUCCCGGCCACCGCCCCACUACCGUUGUCACCUGACCUCCCAGACUUUGAGGGCCCUGGCGCCUUGCCUCUACCUGCACAGGCAAACCAUCUGGACAGCUGCGGGCCUCUGAAAUCUUUGCCCUGGGACAUUCAGGUGCCAGCUGCCAUACCCAUGUCCCAGUCACGAGGCCUUACAGACAGCAGGGCCAAAGCGCCCCCAUCUUUCCCCAAGCAGGAAGAAGCUCCAGAUUGUCUGGGUCCAGAGGCCAGCCACAUAGUAGACACAACAUCUCCCAGACUGGCUUCACUGGGCCAACAGGACCCAAUAGAUGGCCAUGUUACACCAACCGUGCCUUUCACCGAACAAGAAUUCUCUCAGGAUUUUCAAGGUCUAGUAACUUCCACAGUUCAGACCACCACAGGCUUAGCCAAACCAAGAGGUGUAGUCUCUCAUGUUGCUAUGCCAGAGUCUUCAGACUUGACCCCACCGCAUAGCCCGUCGCUCUCCACUCGCCAGCUCCUGGGCCCCAGUGCAGCUGCCCUCUCGAGGUACCUGGCAGCUUCGUACAUCAGCCAGAGCCUGGCACGGCGUCAGGGACCUGCGGGGGAGGGCCCGGUAGCCUCCCAGAGUCACUGGUCCUCCUCUGCCCCCGCAUCACGGGCACCUUCGCCACCGCCUCAGCCUCAGCCCCCAGCCCCUCCAGCCAGGAGGCUUAGCUAUGCUACUACAGUCAGUAUCCAGGUUGGAGGUGGUGGGCGCUUCCGACCAGCUAAGGCCCAGGUCCGGCUAAACCACCCUGCUCUCUUGGCAGCUCCCCACCGACGAGCCUGUGGACCUUCCCAGGGCCCAGGGCCUUCCUGAUGGCUCUAUUUGUAAGCCUGGACGUUAGACUUCUAAACUUCU